AUUCCGGGUCCGAAGGUUCCGGAGCGGCUCCGGCCGGGAGCGGCUCUUUCGAUCCCGGAGGAAUUUUGGGAGCGGUUCCCGGAUCCCAAAGGAAUUUUUGGGAACAUUUCCCUCAGUCCCAGAGGAUUUUUGGGAGCAGUCCCUGGUGAAUUUUUGGGAAAGUUUUCCUCGAUCCUGUAGGAUUUUUGGGAACAUUUCUUGGUGAAUUUUUGGGAAUAUUUCCCUCUAUCCCGGAGGAUUUUUGGGAAUAUUUCCUGGUGGAUUUUUGGAAAUGUUUCCCUCGACCAUGGCGAAUUUUUGGGAAUAUUUCCCUUGAUCCCAGAGGAUUUUUUCGGGACAUUUCCUGGAGGAUUUCUGGGAACGCUUCCCGGAUCUCGGGAAAUUUUUGGGAACUUUUCCCAGAUCGAGUUCCCAGCCCCAGUUCCCGCCCUAUCCCUGGAAUUUCCCCUUCCCUGCAGGAUUUGGGUUGGAAUGGGAUCGGGAAUGGGAUCGGGAAUCCCGACCCCGCUGCUGCUCCUGCUGCUCUCCGUGCUCCAUCCCAUAAUAGGGAACGUGCCCGAGCCGCUGCUGGUGCUGGAGGGGCGGGACCGGGCCGGGAUCCGGCUCCGGUGCGUCCCGGAGCGCCCGUUUCCCCAAAUCCGGCUGCUCUGGAGCGGCGCCGGCGGCGAGAACCUGACGGGAAUUGCGGAGCCGGAGGGCUCCGGGAGCGCCGGGAAUACCGGGAAUACCGGGAGCGCCGGGAUCUCGCUGCUGCUCCGGCCGGGAUCCGGGAACGCCGCCUCCUGCCGCGCCCUGGACCCGCAGCUCGGCGCGGCCGCCGAAUCCUCCGUCGUCAUCGCCGGGGACAACCAGAUCCUGGCUCAGGAGAGAAAAUCCCAGCAGCAGAUCCAGGAGGAGAUCGAGGAGCUCAGGAUGGAGCUGGAGGAGGAGAUGGGAAAAUUCCAGAGGGAGAGUCAGGACAUGGCGGCGAGAAUCGAGCAGAUCCGGGCCCAGCUUGACUUCAGGCGGGCUCAGAGCCACGCAGUGUCCCUGACCCUGGACGAGCGCUGCCACCACCCCUCUGUGGCCAUCCAGGGCCGGUCCCUGCUGGCCGCAGCUCCGGGCUCGGGGCUCUGCCGGGCUCUGGCCGUGGCCCGGGAGGGAUUUUCCAGCGGGAAGCACUACUGGGAAGUGGAGCUGGGCCUGGGACACGGCUGGGAGCUGGGCGUGCUGGCCGAGGAAAUCCGGGAUUCCCUGCGCAGUUCCUGGGGGAAUUCCCAGAGGGAUUCCCUGCAGAAUUCCCUGAAUGAGUCCCCACAGGAUACCCAGUGCGAUUCCCAGGGAGAUUCCAUGCACAAUUCCCCGCAAGAUUCCUUGCACAAUUCCCUGCGCGAUUCCCAGCUGGAUCCUCUGCCCAAUUCCCAGCACUACUCCAUGCUCAAUUCCAUGUACAAUUCUAUGCACAAUUCCCAGCUGGAUUCCCUCCAGGAUUCCCUGCACAGUUCCAAUUCCCAGCCCAAUUCCCAGCUGGAUUCCCAGCCCAAUUCCCUGCAGGAUUUCCCGCAGAGUUCCAAUUCCCAGCCCAAUUCCCAGCUGGAUUCCCAGCCCAAUUCCCUGCAGGAUUCCCCACACAGUUCCAAUUCCCAGCCCAAUUCCCUGCAGGAUUCCCCACACAGUUCCAAUUCCCAGCCCAAUUCCCAGCUGGAUUCCCAGCCCAAUUCCCACCUGGAUUCCCCGCCCGCCAUCCCCGAGGCCAAGGCUCCAGGCCUGCAGUAUUCCCGGGGGGAAUUCCGCCUGCCUGGCGGGAAGCUGCAGAGGAAUUCCGGGCGCUGCCGUGUGCUCGGGGUGCUCCUGGACCAGGAGCGCCGCCUCCUCUCCUUCUUCGACGCCGAGGAGAAGCAGCGCCUGGGAUCUGUCCCCCUGCAAAUUCCGGGGAAUCUCUUCCCAUUCUUCAGCCCAGGAAGUGCCGGGAAUGCUCUGGGGAUCCGGCCCGUGGGGGUCUGAAACCUCAGGGAUUUUUGCUGCUAAAAAUUAAAUGAACUUUUAAAUAUUCAAUUAUUCCCACUAUAAUAUUCCAAUCAUCCCCUUAUCUGAACUCUGACCGUAGCACAAAUUCUCAUUUAAAUAUUGAAGUAAUAUCCAUUUUAAUAUUCCAAAUAUUCCCUAAUCAUAACUCUAACCCUAACCCAAGUUCCAAUUCAAAUAUUCAAAUUAUUUCCAUUUUAACAUUCCAAUUAUCCCCAACCCCUAACCUAAAUUCCCAUUUAAAUAUUCAAAUUAUUCCCAUUUUAAUAUUCCAACUAUUCCCUAACCGGAACCCUGACCCUGAACCUGACCUAAAUUCCUAUUUAAAUAUUCAAAUUAUACUCAUUUUAAUAUUUCAAAUAUUCCCUAACCUGUCCCUGAUCCUGAUCCUGACCCAAAUUCCCAAUUAAAUAUUCAAAUUAUUCCCAUUUAAAUAUUCUAAUUAUUCACAUUUAAAUGUGCCAAUUAUCCCAUAACUCAAACCUUAACUCUAAACCAAAUUCCCACCUAAAUAUUCAAAUUACUUCCAUUUUAAUAUUACAAUUAUCCCCUAACCCAAUCCCAUUUAAAUAUUCAUAUUAUACGCAUUUUAAUAUUCCAAAUAUUCCCUAACCUGACCCUGAUCCUGACCCUUACUCAAAUUCCCAUUUAAAUAUUCUAAUUAUUCCCAUUUUAUUAUUCCAAUUAACCCCUAACCCCAAUGUGAUAAAUAAAUUACAUUGCUUAGGCUUUUGCAAAAUAUUAAAAUAGAAACUAUGUGAUGUUAAA